AUGCGCCAAUACCUCGAGUUCAAGCAGGAUGUUGAGGGCCUCAAGGAGCAGUUGCAGACUCUUGAACUCGUUAUCAAGAUCGGUCAAACGAGAACCCAGGCUCUGCUCGCCCACCGGCAACCAACCCACAGCCCGAGACAACUGGACGCUAUCUUCGGAAACCUCAAGGAGACACUAGAGGAUUGUCGGCGCCUGCUGGAUAGCCGCUCGCAUUAUGGCACGCGUCAGGGCCAGGGUCCGGUAUCCAAUAUCCAAUGGUUCUUGCUGGUCAAAGAUGAGGUGGACAUGCUACGAGAUCGCAUUGCGAUACUCACCUCGAAACUGUCGCUCGCGCUUCAAUCUCUCGAGAUUGAGACAAGAGACGGUCAAACUGUCUUGAUGCUGGAGUGCACCAACGUGGUCCUUGAAAGGAUAGAUCUCUUGGAUGACCGUUUCUCAAGAUUCCUCGGGGUGCCUCUAUCGACGGAGGCGCGGCGGCGGCAGAUUGAGGUCCCACAACAACUCCAGGAUCUUCUCGCCUCGAUAACUCUGACGAGAUAUGACAGUCUUACGAGCAUCCCCAUGAUCAAGGGGGUCGAAGAGGCCAUCUUCUACUGGGAUAGGGCAACGAGGUGGCAUGCACGGAGGCGGUCGGUUCAACCGUGCCAGGCUUUCAAGUUGGCAAACAUCCUCAGGGCUUAUUGGCUCCUGCAAGCCACGAAAGCGGGCGACGAAUAUCUGGCGGCCACCAGCACCGUGUCUGUCGAGCGCCAGAUUGGACAGCAGUUUCCGCAGCUGGGCAUGACGGCACGCCGAUUUUUCAGUAAUCUUGAGGAUAGAAUCUUGGAGGCUCAUACCAAGCUGACUCAAACGGGGGAGCAAACACCCCCCCUACAUCAGUUGCGAACAGUAAUCGAGCAGGAUAUCAAUGCCUGGCAAGAGCAUGUCCAGUGGCAGCCACCGUCAGCAGAUGAUAGUAACGCAACCUCAAGUGAAAGAAUGGCUACCUGUCGUCUACGGAAUGGGCAGUUACUAGACGUCUACAAGGAGUAUGACGCCCCAGAGCUGCUUAUCCUGGUCUUGUGCGAUGCCAACCGUCUGAAACAGCAUCACCACCGAGUUGACUUGGGGUGUCUGCAUCUGGCCCCAUGCAUUGAAGCUGUGAUGGGUAAGGACGGCAUUUACUCUGUCACAAUGAACCCCGUCAAGGGUCGCAGCCAAGUUGGCUUCAAGCUGGCGUUUCAGGGACCGGAAGAUCUCUUCGAGUUUCAGGAAUGGAUGACAGGGUAUAAAGUGGUAGAUGACUUCCCUGGUACCGUCAUCACGUCUCAAAGAGCGAACGCAAUGUUUGGCGGCGAACGAAGGAGCGAUACAGGCGGAGUUCAGGUCUGGUCAUCGACUCGUCUCUCCUCAGGGUCCAAGUUGCCCGAUGAGUUCGUUGACAAGGAGGCCACAAAAGCCGCCCGCCGCAGUAUUCAACCGCCAACCGUAUCGCCCUACCCACCGAUGCUCGGCCCUCUAGCUUCAUUUUCGCGACUCAGCCUAGCUCUGAGUCAAGGUCGCCCGUCAUCAGUCCGAAGCGUAUACCUUAACGGCCAAAUAAGCCCUCAACGCCAGAGCAGAACCCCUUCCUUCACCGGCACCUCAACAGCCAGUUCCCCCUCCACGUCCCAGUCAUCAACAUCCUCGACGGUUGGAGCCACGAAGCGACCAACAAACAUGAUUCAGGUGGAUAGGCGCGGGACUAUGGGCUGCAUCCUCGACCAGCCAGAACCGCCGCGUCUAGUGGUUUUCCUGCCGUCAAGAAAUGAAACCCAAAACCAACGAUGGAAGGGUGUGACCGCCGGUCCAGGCUCCCUUUUAGUGAUUGACAUUCUAACCCAGCGACCGCAAACAGUUGACCAAUACGUCCGCAUCAACCCCACGCUGUGCGAUUGCCAGCAAGACUACACCAGCCAGGAAUUAGGCCAUGACAGGAUGCUGUCCCUCGAUAGCUCUACCGCGGCUCCGGGGCAAUGGAUGAUGCCACCACGCCAGGCACCAGUGACACAAGCAGAGUGCCGAAAAGUGAUUCUGCAGGUUAGCAAUGCGUCUGGCAUCACGGCCAGGGAGACAGACAUGGAUUUAGGGGCUGAUGUGUCCUGGAAUCUGGCGAGUGCCGGCCGGUUUCAGAGUGGGGAAGGGAUGGUGACCGUGAAAAGGCUAAAGAAGGUUGCGUUGGAGUUUGCGAGUGUUGAAGAGUGGAGGGAAACCAACAUGGAGUGA